CUAGCGGGCGACUAACCUCCACCGGAGUAAACAGAUUGAGGCCUUAACAAACAAAACCUCCACUACCGAAGUAAAUCCGGUACAGAAUAGUGAGUUGGCUCCUCGACUAAAGUCACCAACUCCCUACCUUCAAUCAAGGAUGCUCUAUCAACCUAGGCAGAUAUUCUCAUUCUAGGUUAAAGCAGAAACAACAGGAAUUUGAUCAGGAUUCAUGCCAUUCAAUCAAUCAAACCUCAAUUGAAUAUAAUCAAAUCAUAGAAUCAGUACUUGGGUUCAUACAAUCAAACCUAACAUACAAAUCUAGGGUUCUCCAUACCCAGAUGAAUGGGAGAACUACUCCAUAGAGAAAGAAGCAAAAGCAGAAUCAGACGCGGAAUUCAUACUGUGAAGGAUGGAUUCCUGCUCCUGGACGUUGAUCGGCACUUCUCCAAGCUCAAAUUGGCCUCCAAUGGUGUUGAAGAUCAAGCUAGGGCACUUGGAGACUCUUGUUCGUCGCUUUCUCUCUCUAGGAAUCGCUCUGUCUCUCUAAAACUCGAAUCCCCUUCUGUUUUGGCUGAAAUCUGCUUAAAAGGGCAUCAGUGGCCAAAGCACGGUCGAGGGCACGGCCGUGCAUUGCCUCAGCCCGCCCGUGCUUUGGCUAGGGUUAAUUACACGGCCAUUGUGUUGGGAGAAACACGGCCGUGCUUUAGGGAGGACACGACCGUGCUUUGGGUGGACACGGCCGUGCUUUCAGCCCGUGUUUGCAGCUUGAAUUUGCCAAACUCAAUUAGCUCUCGGCAGUAAAAGCACGGCCACAGAACACGGUCGUGUUCUAUUUUAGGUGUGCCCGUGUUUUGGCUCCAGCUCGACGAAAUGACUUCCGAAUGCCCCGAAACUCGUGCUUAGCCUUUCCUUUGACGCCUGGGACCUGAAAUAUGACAAAAUAGCACAACCCGGCGUAAAAUAGGCCAAAAAUACACGACUAUGCCCCUCAAACGGAUAAGAACUAGGGGCGCAAAUAUGUGCAAUUACAUCGUUAUCAAACUCCCCCACACUUAACCGUUUGCUUGUCCCCAAGCAAACCUAACUCAAACCAAUGCAGCUCUCCAGAUCUCUAUAGCAACAAACAACCCAGAUCGUAGGUAGAGGACUUCCUAGAUCAUUUAGCAGCUUACGAGGUCAACCGACGCACAAGUUAUCUCACAGCUUCUUCGGCGAGAGCACUAGUAUCGAGUCGGCAUCAUGGCAAAUAGUGAACAGAGGACAAAUGAAUUGUGGAUGAAGAGAUUCUCAAAAACAAAGGAUCAUGGACUCA